UUCAUUGCGCUUUGCUCCACAUUCGCUGAAAAUCCAAAGUCUUUAGUCGCGAAGAAAAUUCGUGUAUUUCAUAUUCAAAAUUAAAAUUAUAGUGGAAAACAAAGCCUAAUAAUUACAAAAUCAAGCACAAAUACAAGUUCAAAUGAAAUACUAACGAAUAUGUAGAUUCUUAUUAACUAGAGCUGCAGUUACAAAUAAGCAAAAUCCUGAACAGAAUAUCUAAAGUGGCAACCAAAAAGAACCUGCAACAUUAUGAUUUAAUAAGCAGCUAGGAGGAGAAAAAUAGCAUAAAUCUUAUUCGCGAAUACAAGAAAAAAUAAUAAUGCACAUAGUAUGUAUGUAAAUGUAACGCACAAUACGAUAAAAGUGUUGCGACAGCGAACUUGAAUUGACAUUAAAUGGGCAAAGUGCGCAACAAUCGCACAAACGACGAACGAAAGCAGCAUCAACGGCAACGGCAACGGCAACGGCAGUAUCGACAACAGCAGAGGCACAAACAAACAUAAAAGUGUAAUUAGGUGAAUUACACACACACGCACACAAUUGAAACAGAAUAAUUUUUAUGAAUUGGAUUCAUUUGCCACUUGAAGGCGAAAGUGAAUGCGAAAAAGUACACAAAGUGGAAGCAGCAAACAAGAAAUUCAUACAUAUAUGUAUGUGUAUUUAACACAAAAAAAAAUAAAAAUACUGUGCAAUAUAGUAUGCAUGUAUGGUUAAUAAAUUAUUUUAAUAUCAAUACCGCAGAAAAAACGCAUAUUUACAAUUGAAUCCACCCAAAAAUAUCUAAAAAAAAAUAUUUAAAAAAUAACCUAAACGCUUGCAUUCGUUAAAUUAUCAGUGAUCGUGUUUUAAAAAAGGCGCACGCGCGCCCCACCGUUUCUCUACAGCAGCAGCAGAGUAAAAUUGUGCGUGUGCGUGUGCGUGUGUGUGUGUGUGUUACUGUGCGCGCCACUCGAGAGGAUUUCCGUUUCAUUAUCACCUUUUGAAUUGGUUGAUUGGUCAACGAUAAAAUAGCCUUGCUGUUAUCGAAUCAUUGAUAUACCUUUCGAAACAUUUUGUGAAACUGCAAACGCGACAUCUGCCAACGAUUAGUGCGAUCCCACAACUUCCGUUUAAAUAUCGUUCCUAAGCUCGUUCAUUGUGCACAACCUUUGCAGUGGUAUCCUUUCCAUUUGAAACGCUUUUAAUAAAUUUGAUCUACACAAUGUUUACGGGAAAAUUACAAAUAAAAGUUUGUGAGGCUAUCGGGCUACGACCAACCGAUUUUCAAAAGCGCCACAAUUUGACAUUCGGAAAGUUGGCCGACGAGCAGCCGAUCGAUCCUUACAUAUCGAUCGAUGUCGACGAUAAUCAUUUUGAUCGCUCUACAACGCGACCCAAGACAUUCGAUCCAGUUUGGAAUGAGCAAUUCGUUCACGAUGUUACCAAUGCAAAAAAUAUUAAUUUGACGGUAUUUCACGACGCAGCGCUGCCACCGGAUGAUUUUGUUGCCAAUUGUCAAAUACCUUUUGAAGAUAUUAUGCAAAAUGAAACGGGUGUACUUGAUCUAUGGGUGAAUUUGGAGCCACAGGGUAAACUACAUAUUAUAAUCGAAUUAAAGAAUCGAGUUGAUUCCAAUAAGGAUGUUGCUGAAGUGGUGGAAGCGGUUACCCAAAAUAAAGAAUUCAAAGAGCGCGCUGGUUUCAAUCGCCGUCGCGGUGCCAUGCGGCGGCGUGUGCAUCAGGUAAACGGACACAAGUUUAUGGCGACUUUCUUGCGACAGCCGACUUUUUGUUCACAUUGCCAAAAAUUUAUUUGGGGAAUUGGUAAACAAGGCUAUCAAUGUCAAGUGUGUACCUGUGUUGUACAUAAGAGAUGCCAUAGUUCCGUGGUCACCAAAUGUCCAGGCAUGCGUGAAGAGCAAAAUACCAUGGAAAUGGCGCCGGCCGGUCAGCGCUUCAAUGUCAAUGUGCCGCAUCGCUUUUUCGUGCAUAACUAUAAACGUUUUACGUUCUGCGAUCACUGCGGUUCACUGUUGUAUGGCCUGAUCAAGCAGGGACUCCAAUGCACACAGUGCAGCAUGAAUGUGCACAAACGCUGCCAAAAGAAUGUGGCCAAUACGUGCGGUAUCAAUACGAAAGAAAUGGCCGAAAUACUCAGUUCACUGGGUAUUUCGCCGGACAAACAGGCACAGCCGCGCCGUUCAAAGUAUUUAAAUCAACCGGGUGGCGACGACAGCUACAGCCUAAGCGAUCGCAGUGAUCAGGGUACUGAGAGCAGCACUUCCACACGCAGCUCGAUGAUGUCGGAACGUUCGGGCGGCACAAGCUCUUCGACUACUAUGGCCGGUCUCAGUUCGUUUGCGGGUCAAUACUUUGAAUCGCGUCCAGGCAAAACUUCCUUAUCGGAUUUUACUUUCAUCAAAGUGUUGGGCAAAGGCUCAUUCGGCAAGGUGAUGUUGGCCGAAAAGAAAGACACCGAGGAAAUUUACGCAAUUAAAGUGCUGAAAAAGGAUGCCAUCAUACAGGAUGACGAUGUCGAUUGCACAAUGACCGAAAAACGUAUACUGGCCUUGGCCGCCAACCACCCAUUUUUGACAGCAUUACAUUCCUGUUUUCAAACUAAGGAUCGUCUAUUCUUUGUCAUGGAGUAUGUGAAUGGCGGCGAUUUGAUGUUUCAGAUACAAAAAGCACGUCGCUUUGAAGCCGCACGCGCUGCUUUCUAUGCCGCCGAAGUAACGUUGGCACUUCAAUUUUUGCACUCUAAUGGAGUUAUUUAUCGUGAUUUAAAGCUGGAUAAUAUUCUUUUGGAUCAGGAAGGUCAUUGCAAAUUGGCUGAUUUCGGCAUGUGCAAGGAGGGCAUUAUAAAUGGUGUUCUAACUACCACCUUUUGUGGCACUCCCGAUUAUAUCGCGCCUGAGAUAUUAAAAGAGCAAGAAUAUGGUGCCUCUGUCGAUUGGUGGGCGUUAGGGGUGCUAAUGUAUGAAAUGAUGGCCGGACAACCGCCAUUCGAGGCUGACAACGAGGAUGAAUUAUUCGAUUCGAUUAUGCAUGACGAUGUACUCUAUCCGGUGUGGUUAUCUAGAGAAGCAGUAUCCAUUUUGAAAGGGUUCCUAACGAAAAAUCCCGAAACCCGUUUGGGAUGCUCCGGUGAUGAAAACGAGAUACGUAGACAUCCAUUUUUCGGUAAAUUAGAUUGGGAUGAGCUGGAAAAGCGCAAUAUUAAGCCACCGUUCCGACCAAAAAUGAAAAAUCCACGUGAUGCCACCAAUUUCGAUACAGAGUUCACAAAAGAGGAACCAGUACUAACACCUGUUCCCAACGAUGUUAUACGCUGUAUUAAUCAGGACGAAUUCGCCGGAUUCUCAUUUGUCAAUCCGAAAUUCGGACCCGAACGUAAAGUAUUUUAAGUGGUUUUGUGUGUGUGUGUGUGUGCGCAGGCGCCUAAGGGGUUUAUAAACUUUUAUUCAAAAAAGGAAGAGAGAGCAAAAACAAACGCAAAACUAAACAAAAGGUUCAAACUUAAAGCGAUACACCUGCAAAGACAGCAGUAAAAAGCAAAUUGUACUACUUUAUUAUGAUUUUGUUAGUUUGGAAUAAGUGUGAGCAUACCCACAUACAUACAUACGUCAUACGUGCGUGUACUUAGGAAAGCCGGACGUAGUCAUCGUACGGUAAUCGCCUAAUGGGACAAAUACAUUUCAGCAUUUGAAUUGUUCUUUAAUUUUUUUUAAUUAAAUUUGAUUGCCGAGAUUUGUCUAAGUUCUAUGCUUCAUCCUACAUGAGUAUGUGUGUGUAUGUGUGUGCACAUUUUGUGGCAUUUUGUUUUUUUUUGUUCAUGCUGUUCUUAUGUGCAGCUGCCCGCGCGUUAUAAAAUUGGUCCAUAUUUUCACCAAAUGAGAAAGGGAACCCAAAAAAUGCGUAAAUGCUUGUUAACGCAAACAAACUCCACUCGUAGUAUUCGUUAGGUAAAAGAAAUAAAUCUAUUAACCCGUUAU